AUGCGCCACUUGGCGGCAGGUGUCUUUUGUCGUGCUACGACUCGUGUUAAGCCGAAGCUGACAGACGUGCACAAGGCACGCCGCUUGGCUUUUGCUCUUGCUCAUGUGGAGCGAGUAUUUGGAGGAAGAGACUAUAGAAUGCAUCGCAUGUAUGACUACGUACACGUAGAUGAAAAAUGGUUCAAUUUAUACAAGGUAUCGACAAGAUAUUACCUCACCAAGGAUGAGUUUGCACCUUAUCAAGCAUGCCCCAACCGCCGCUUCAUUGGCAAGGUCAUGUUUCUUGUAGCCGUAGCGCGGCCGCGAGUACGUGCGUGUUCAACGAAGCUGGCAAAUAGAGCAAAAGGCACUACUGAGGUGAAAAACGUCAACAGGACGCGAAAGGUGUAUGUGAAGAUGCUCAAGGAAAAACAAGACAACGCUGGACCACAUGUUGCGGGAGACAACGCAGAUAUUCUUGAGGCCGGGAUCGAGCACGGCUGGACGAUAGAUAUGACGUGUCAGCCACCUCGUUCGCCGGACAUGAACGUCCUCGAUCUUGGUCUGUUCAAUGCUAUUCAGAGUGGUCAGUAUCGCUACCCUACACAUAACCUCCAGGGGUUGAUCACUGUAGUGGAAGACGCUUUUUGA